UUAGGGUUUUGUCUGAAGUUCAAUAAUACUCGUGCAAUGGACGCCAUCACGGAGGGCGUUAACAACAUCAACAUCUCAGAUUCUUACAAAAAGAAUCGCAUUCAGGUCUCCAAUACAAAGAAGCCCCUCUUCUUCUAUGUUAAUUUGGCCAAGAGGUAUAUGCAACAGCAUAAUGAGGUCGAGCUAUCAGCACUAGGAAUGGCUAUUGCCACGGUGGUGACUGUUGCAGAAAUUUUGAAAAACAAUGGGCUUGCGCUUGAGAAGAAAAUCAUGACAUCAACUGUUGAAAUAAAGGAUGACUCUAGAGGGAGACCUGUCCAGAAGGCCAAGAUUGAGAUAUUGCUUGGGAAAACGGCAAACUUUGAUGAGUUGAUGGCGGCUGCUGCAGCGGCUGCUGAAGAUGGUGAAAAUGGAGAUGUUGAUGAGCAGGGCGCAUAAUGUUGUUCAGACUUGCACCCUAUCACGUUAUGAUGUGUAAUAUUGACUACCAUAUUUGUUUUUAGAACCUUGGAAGGAACCAGAUAAGCGUUAUAAUUCAUUGCGCUUUUUGGAUGAUUUUUUUCUUGUAAUUUCGUUUUUUCUUUGAAAAAUUGGUUCAAUGAUUCUUCACUAUAGAUAAAUUCAUUUUUUUUUUAAAGAAAAACCUAGAGUAGGCCAUAUGCUUUUGUAUGGGAGUUCAAGAUGUGUUGUGAAUGGUGUGGCUUCUUGCAACUUCUAUAAAUAUAUUGAUGGGAUAUUGAUAUUA